UUCUGCUAAGUUUGGAGUUACUCCUCAAGACUGUAUGCCUGCGUCCCAUAGGUAAUAGCUAACCACCGACCAGGGACUCUGCACCACAAGGAGUCUGCAUGUCUUGCAACUAGACAUGCUCAGCUUUGUGGAUACACGGAUUUUGUUGCUGCUUGCAGUAACUUCAUACCUAGCAACAGGCCAACAUGUGAGUGAGGCACCUGCAGGGCGGAAGGGCCCUAGAGGAGAGAAAGGGCCACAGGGAGAAAGGGGUCCACCAGGUCCACCAGGCAGAGAUGGUGAAGAUGGUCUACCAGGUCCUCCAGGCCCCCCUGGUCCUCCAGGUCUUGGCGGAAACUUCGCUGCUCAGUAUGAUCCAUCUAAAGCAGCUGAUUUUGGCCCAGGACCUAUGGGUUUAAUGGGACCUAGAGGCCCACCUGGAGCAUCUGGACCCCCUGGUCCUCCUGGUUUUCAAGGCGUUCCUGGUGAGCCUGGUGAACCUGGUCAAACAGGUCCCCAGGGUCCUCGUGGUCCCCCUGGUCCUCCAGGAAAGGCUGGUGAAGAUGGUCACCCUGGCAAACCUGGAAGACCUGGUGAGAGGGGUGUUUCUGGCCCUCAGGGUGCUCGUGGUUUCCCUGGAACUCCUGGUCUGCCUGGCUUUAAGGGCAUUAGGGGACACAAUGGUCUGGAUGGUCAAAGGGGACAACCUGGUACUCCUGGCAUCAAGGGAGAACCUGGUGCCCCUGGUGAAAAUGGUACCCCAGGACAACCUGGUGCUCGUGGUCUCCCUGGUGAGAGAGGAAGAGUAGGUCCCCCUGGACCAUCUGGUGCUCGUGGAAGUGAUGGCAGCACUGGCCCCACUGGACCUGCUGGCCCUAUUGGUUCUGCUGGUCCUCCAGGCUUCCCAGGUGCUCCUGGUGCUAAGGGUGAAAUCGGACCUGCUGGUAAUGUUGGUCCUACUGGUCCUGCUGGUCCAAGAGGAGAGAUUGGACUUCCUGGUUCUAGUGGUCCUGUUGGCCCUCCAGGCAACCCUGGUGCUAAUGGUCUUCCAGGGGCUAAGGGUGCAGCUGGUCUUCCUGGUGUUGCUGGUGCUCCUGGUCUGCCUGGUCCCCGUGGUAUUCCUGGUCCUCCUGGCCCUGCUGGUCCUAGUGGUGCUAGAGGACUUGUUGGUGAACCAGGCCCUGCUGGUGCCAAGGGAGAAAGUGGUAACAAGGGUGAGCCUGGUGCUGCUGGACCCACUGGCCCUCCUGGUCCUAGUGGUGAGGAAGGCAAGAGAGGCAGCACUGGUGAACCUGGCUCUGCUGGUCCCCCGGGCCCUGCUGGUCUAAGAGGUGUGCCUGGAUCUCGUGGUCUCCCUGGAGCUGAUGGCAGAGCUGGUGUCAUGGGACCUGCUGGUAACCGUGGUGCUAGUGGUCCUGUUGGUGCUAAGGGUCCUAGUGGUGAUGGUGGCCGUCCUGGUGAGCCUGGUCUUAUGGGUCCAAGAGGUCUCCCAGGUCAGCCUGGAAGCCCAGGCCCUGCUGGCAAGGAAGGUCCUGUUGGUUUCCCUGGAGCAGAUGGUAGGGUUGGGCCAAUCGGUCCAGCUGGUAAUAGAGGUGAGCCUGGCAACAUUGGAUUCCCUGGACCAAAAGGUCCCACUGGUGAACCUGGCAAACCUGGUGAAAGAGGCAAUGUUGGUCUUGCUGGCCCACGGGGUGCUCCUGGUCCAGAGGGAAACAAUGGUGCUCAAGGUCCUCCUGGAGUCACUGGCAACCAAGGUGGAAAGGGUGAACAAGGUCCCGCUGGCCCUCCUGGCUUCCAGGGUCUGCCAGGUCCCUCGGGUCCAGCUGGUGAAGCUGGUAAACCAGGCGAAAGGGGUAUUCACGGUGAAUUUGGUGUCCCUGGUCCUGCUGGCCCAAGAGGUGAACGUGGUCCUCCUGGUGAAAGCGGUGCUGUUGGUCCCUCCGGUGCCAUUGGAAGCCGUGGUCCAUCUGGCCCACCAGGCCCUGAUGGUAACAAGGGUGAGCCUGGCAAUGUUGGUGCUGCUGGUGGUCCUGGUCCUGCUGGCCCUGGUGGAAUCCCAGGAGAGAGAGGUGUUGCUGGUGUUCCAGGAGGCAAGGGUGAAAAGGGUCCCCCAGGUCUGAGAGGUGAUACUGGUGCAACAGGAAGAGACGGUGCUCGUGGUCUCCCUGGUGCUAUUGGUGCUCCUGGCCCUGCUGGUGGUGCUGGUGAUCGGGGUGAAGGAGGUCCUGCUGGUCCUGCUGGUCCUGCUGGUGCCCGUGGUAUCCCUGGUGAACGCGGUGAGCCUGGUCCCGUAGGUCCUAAUGGAUUUGCUGGACCUCCUGGUGCAGCUGGUCAGCCUGGUGCUAAAGGCGAGCGUGGGCCUAAAGGACCUAAGGGUGAAACUGGACCAACAGGUGCUAUUGGCCCAGUUGGUGCUUCUGGACCACCAGGUCCCGCUGGUGCUGCUGGUCCUGCUGGCCCUCGUGGUGAUGCUGGUCCUCCUGGCAUGACUGGUUUCCCUGGUGCUGCUGGAAGAGUUGGUCCUCCUGGCCCUGCUGGCAUCACUGGUCCCCCUGGUCCUCCUGGCCCGGCUGGCAAAGAUGGUGCUAGAGGUCUACGUGGUGAUGUUGGUCCAGUUGGCCGUACUGGUGAACAAGGUAUUGCUGGCCCACCUGGUUUUGCUGGUGAGAAAGGUCCAUCUGGAGAGGCUGGUGCUGCUGGUCCUCCUGGUAGCCCAGGUCCUCAGGGUAUUCUUGGUGCUCCUGGUAUCCUUGGUCUGCCUGGCUCUCGGGGAGAACGUGGUCUUCCAGGCAUCUCUGGAGCAACAGGUGAACCUGGUCCCCUGGGUGUUUCUGGUCCUCCUGGUGCCCGUGGUCCCUCUGGUCCUGUGGGUUCUCCUGGUCCAAAUGGUGCUCCUGGUGAAGCUGGUCGUGAUGGCAGUCCUGGACAUGAUGGUCCUCCAGGCCGUGAUGGUGCUCCUGGUUUCAAGGGUGAGCGUGGUGCUCCCGGUAGCACUGGUCCCAGUGGUGCUGUGGGUGCUCCUGGUCCUCAUGGCCAAGUUGGUCCUUCUGGGAAGCCUGGAAACCGUGGUGAUCCUGGUCCUGCUGGCGUUGUCGGUCCUGCUGGUGCUUUUGGUCCAAGAGGUCUUGCUGGCCCACAAGGUCCACGUGGUGAGAAGGGUGAACCUGGUGAUAAGGGGCAUAGAGGUCUGCCUGGCUUGAAGGGACACAAUGGAUUGCAGGGUCUUCCUGGUCUUGCUGGCCAACAUGGUGAUCAAGGUCCUCCUGGUAACAAUGGCCCUGCUGGCCCAAGGGGUCCACCUGGUCCUUCUGGUCCUCCUGGUAAAGAUGGUCGCAAUGGUCUCCCUGGACCUAUUGGCCCUGCUGGUGUGCGUGGCUCUCACGGUAGCCAAGGCCCUGCUGGUCCUCCUGGUCCUCCUGGUCCGCCUGGUCCCCCUGGUCCCAAUGGUGGUGGAUAUGAAGUUGGCUAUGAUGCAGAAUACUACCGGGCUGAUCAGCCUUCUCUCAGACCCAAGGAUUAUGAAGUUGAUGCCACUCUGAAAACAUUGAACAACCAAAUUGAGACCCUGCUGACCCCAGAAGGCUCCAGAAAGAACCCAGCUCGCACCUGCCGUGACCUAAGACUUAGCCACCCAGAAUGGAGCAGCGGCUUCUAUUGGAUUGAUCCUAACCAAGGCUGCUCUGCAGAUGCCAUUAGAGCAUACUGUGACUUUGCCACUGGUGAGACUUGCAUCCAUGCCAACCCUGACAAUAUUCCCGCUAAGCACUGGUAUGUCAACAAGAAUCCCAAGGACAAGAAGCACGUAUGGUUUGGUGAAACUAUCAAUGGUGGCAGCCAGUUUGAAUACAAUGAUGAAGGAGUGACCUCAAAGGAUAUGGCCACCCAACUUGCCUUCAUGCGUCUGCUGGCUAACCAUGCCUCCCAAAACAUCACCUACCACUGCAAGAAUAGCAUUGCCUACAUGGAUGAAGAAACUGGCAACCUUAAAAAGGCUGUUAUACUGCAGGGAUCCAACGACGUUGAACUACGAGCUGAAGGCAACAGCAGAUUCACUUUCAGUGUUCUUGAGGAUGGCUGCUCUAGAAAGAACAAUGAAUGGGGCAAAACGAUCAUUGAAUACAGAACAAAUAAGCCAUCUCGCUUGCCCAUCCUUGACAUUGCACCUUUGGAUAUUGGCGGCGCUGACCAAGAAUUCGGUUUGGACAUUGGCCCAGUCUGUUUCAAAUGAAUGAACUAAAAUUAACUUAAAGCCUCUCCCAAAUUAUUCUCUUGUCAUUUCUUUUUAUAAUGAAAGCUGACUCCUUCCAUUUCUUCUGUUCAUCUACUUGCUUAAACUCUGGGCGAAAGAGAAGGAGAAGAUUUGAUUGGAGCAUUGUGCAAUGAAAUUUAAUACAGCCCCAAAAGGACUUGGAAGUCUUUCAAGAUUUAACACCUUGCUUUGGGAAAUGUCAACCUUUGUAAAGAAAAAAAAACAAAAUAAAAAAUCAUGAAAGUUUGCACCACUUGUGGCCUUUGAAUAUCUUCCACAGAGGAAGUUUAAAACCACAGCUUCCAAAGGUUUAAACUACCUCAUACACUAAAUCAAGUGUGAUCCACAUCUUUUGUAGGUACUUCUCCAUAUGAUCUGAGGUACUUUCAGUUCCACUCAAAAUACAGUGGUGCUAACUGCAUUAUUACAGAGUAUCUUUCCAGUACUUGAAUUUUGAUGGUGCUAGUAGCAUUUAAAGUAUCACUUCUCUGUUUCUUUGAAGUCUGUCUCAAAACUUAGAAUGUCCUGUCUCACCCGCAGCUUAAGCAUGUGGAUCAUUUUUCCUCACCUUUGUCCUCUUCCUCCAAAAUCAGGUGCUCCUGCUUUCAAAUCUCAUUUCCAUCUUCUACAAUGGGUAAAAAAAAAAAAAUCAUCAUUUCUCAAAAAAAGAAAGAAAAUGUAUUUUGUAUAUGUGAGAUGUUUAAAUAAAUUGUGAAAAAAUGAAAUAAAGCAUGUCCAGUGUUCCAAAAGAAACUAUUUAAUGAGUUAAGUUACUUGCUUAGAUGCAUUGGCAGAUAUUAUACCCAGAAUUUACAAUACAUUUGCAUUACUGCAACUAUCUUAGCCCGUUGCUGUAAAACAUUUGCAUAGAGCAUUCGAAGACUGCCUACAACUGUCUUAAGGGCGUGAUUGUCUACUUGACUCUCCAUUUCAACACCACCUUUUGAAAAGUCCACAAGAAACUCAGUAACUGUGCCUCAUAGUAUGAGAAGUUCAGAAGCAGAAAUAAUUCCUUCUUUUUUUCCAAAUGCUAAGCAGGAUUAAUGGCUGAAAGAAGGAUCAUCUUCUCACUAAAAAGUAGAAGGAAAAUGAAGCUUCUGUCUUACGCCUGAAGACAGAAAGCUUCUUGGUGUUGAGAGAGCUGUGCUGGCUCAUGCCGUGCUGUAAUCAGCAGAACUGUGCCUGCGUGCUUUUGAAAUGAUGUGCAGAAGUCCAGGCAAGGAAUCUCUAAAUUUAGUUGUCUCGUCAGGAAGAUCAGGGUUUGUUAGGCCCUUAUAGUUCAUUCAGUUCUGUAUGAGACACAGAACUAUCUGCUGUUGCUAACCUUAAUAAUUUACUGUCGCAAAAAACACCACGAGAAGCAAAGACUGUCCUUACCGAGGCCUUUUAAGAGACUGCUAUCAUAGAGUGCUUUUCUGAAAACCCUCAAUGAACUGCAAUUCCAACAGCCAUGUUUUUGGAAUUGGGAAGGCGCUUGGGAGAACACACAAAGGACCAUGAAGACAACAGCAAGAGCAGGUAAGGGGAGAGGUGAGACAGGCUUAGUCAGCAGGAACCCCCAAAGCGAAGCAUGAAGAAAAUACCCAGAAGAAGGUCCCUGUAACCUGAAGAAAGCACCACUCCAAAGGUCAGCGGCUGAGAGUCUGAAGGCAGUUCCAAAUGGUGCAAGGGGGAAUAAGCACUAAAAACUGUUUCUAAAGAAAGUUUUUCAUUCUUGCUUGCAAUGAAUUGAUUAAGGAAGAAAGGGCAAAUAUCAAAACACAGCCCUAAGUGCAGUUGCUAUGUGCCCACAGCUGUGUGCUGAAUUAGUAAAAGGGGAAUUGCCAUGAUAAAAUAUAGCCCAUUUGUUCUUAAGUGAGUAAAACAUACUGCAGGUAAAUACCUGCAUUUAUUCAUUGGACCAUGAUGAUUCUUAAAGUGUUAGUAUUUCAAUCAUUGUCUUAGUAUUUCAAAAUACAAUUUUUGUUGUUAUUGUAAAAAGAAAAUAAUUAAAUGCUUUAAAAUGGUAA